GCAAGUCCGUCCAACGGUUAACAGCUCCUAAAAUUAUAAAAUCAAGUGCAGAACUUAUCACACGACAAAAUUUACAGCAACCAUUAAAAAGUAGUCAUCUACAUCGAAAAGCACUCAAGCAAUCAAUUCAAUUAUGUCACAGUUGUACGAACUUUCCGAGGUUGCCCAGCAGAAUGGCAAGAAUGGCAAGCCCUGCUGGCUGAUCAUCAAGGGAAAUGUCUACGAUGUGACCAAGUUCCUGGCCGAACAUCCUGGUGGUAGCGAUGCCCUCCUCGAGUAUGGCGGCAAGGAUGCCACCAAAGCCUUCAAGAAAGCGGGACACUCCUCCGAUGCCGAAAAGGACAUGAAGAACUAUAAAAUCGGAGAAAUAAAUUCAGCGGAACCCAUUCAAAUCCAGCCCACGUCCAUUGCUGCAACGAAACCCGUGGAGAACACAAUAUCCGGAGAUCCAGAACCGGCCAAGAAGAGCUCUUCCGGUUUCUGCUGCUGUUAGUCAUCGAUUUACAUGUUAUUUAAUUGAUUUAUUACUAUAGUCCUAAUUAAUUUAGCAUAAUUAACUUGUAAAUAGAUCUAAACUCAUCUCAUAUAUAGCUACGCAUCAUCGUCGUCAGCACAAAACUAUCCUAUAAAGAUCAACUCUGAUUACCGCGAUCUGAAUAAAUUGCAAACAAAUUCGAUAGAGCAA